UAUCCAAAUAUUGUCACUUCUCAUCACUUCUGGCUCCUAAAAACCAAGAUGGCGACGGUCAAAAUGCCAAACUCGAGGCUUCAAAACGAGUCCACAAACUACUGGGUGACAUCACGGUGGCUCCGUCCAUUAUUUUUACACAGUCUAUGGUUCGGUAACGUCAAGUAGCACAGGUUCUGGGUCCGCCAAAAGAGAAGGAAUAAACCUGCAGAACUCCAGAGCGAGGAUCCUCAGAGUGCUCAAAGCUGGGGAUUCGGACUUUGUGGCCACAGCCUGUGCAGAGACAGAUAGGCCUGCCUGUUUUAUAUGUAAAGCUGCCAGCCAGAAAGCACAGGCCCGCAGGGUACUCUGCACAACUCCUUUGUUGCAGCCAAACUGUGGCAGGGUCCCACCAUCUAAGCUGCUUUGCAUUCUGGGAGCACAAGAGAUGGGAAGGACACUAAGACUGGGAGGCAGCUGUGUUCCAUCUCAUCGGAUACAGACGUCUGCUUCUCUGCCGCUGCUGAUGGAGGAAAGUCUUUGGCAUCUCAUUAUUAAUUGAAUUAAGGGAGGUAUUUCUGGAGCAAGGUGAGUUCUGAGCCUGGUAACAAAGAAUUAUUUAUGGUGUGCUUUGAAAUUCCCAGGCACUAAUGGGACGGAGCACAUCACUGUCCGUACGGAUAAGAACGUUGAUGCUCACACACAGACACAAUCUCCUGCUUUCACUUAAAUACAAACCAGCCUGGGCAGAGGUGCUUUGGCUCAGCGGUAGGUCAAAGUAUGAAAUAUAACAACCUUGUCGCAUAAUUUGACACAUAAAAUAGGCAGUAAGUGACUAGAUGUCUACAAGGGACUGGUUUUUAGAUAGAACAGUAGUAGGGAAUAAUCUGCAUCCUAAUGACCAUUAAGAACAACUCUUACAAAUCAAAAUGUCAAAGGUGCACUUCCCUAUCUAGUAGGCUUUAAAAUGAAUCUCUUGGAAAAUGGCAGGGCAUAAAAUUGUUGAAAAUCUGCAUAUUUGGUGAAUGUGAUUAAAAAAGAAAAUUCAUAUGUGCUGCAAGUGAAGCUCAGCAUAUCUAGUUCAAUCACGUGAAGACGCCUACCUUCUCCACUGAUCCUUUACUCUGUACUGGUAUACUGAAUUGACCUUGGUGCUAAUGAGCUGCUAGAGAUACAGAAUAGCUGGUAGCCCCGAGGUCAAACUGGGGACACCAGAAAAGGAAACAUGGCCAUACAGUGAUGAAGCGCUCACACUAAUACACUGUAAAUUCUAAUUAGUUAACCUUACUUAAAAAAAAGUAGGCAAACCGACAGCCUUAAAAAAGCUAAGUGGAAUAGAUAUUGUACUAACAAAUGCUUAUUUCAUAUAGUAUACUUAGACUUGAGUUUAAGUAAUUUAAAGAAUCUGUAUAGAGUAUUUGAUCAUUCACUUUAGAUGUACUCUACUAUACUUUGUACAGUGGUUCCGUUUAGUUUGUAUGAUAUUCUUUCUGAGAAGUUUCAGACCCUUCUACCCUGUUUUGGGAGAUUCUCUUUCAGUUAUAUCAAAGGCAUCACAUUAUUUCAUCAGGUUUAUGUACACUAACACCAACGCUAAAUAAUCAACAACACAGAACCUAUUAGCGGUGUGCACGCAAAAUACACCUGGAGCACACAGCAUGAUCUUACUUGUAUAAUAAUAUUGAGACUCUAACUGAGCUUUGUAAAACACUUAAAGACACAAAAGAUGUAAAAUGCUAUUUAGAUGAAUGAUGAAUGCACUUCUAUAGUUAAUUGCUACUUUAUUCAGCAUAUUUGCAGCGGCUUGUGAUGGGACAUCAAGGGAUUAUUUGUAAAUUGUCAAAAGAAAAAAAAAUGAAAACCUGAAUUCUCUUUCAAUUAAAACAUUGCAAAAACAAAAUAAGACACAGCAGCUUGGCAUCACCUGUGUCAUAUUUAGCACUGCAGAUUUUACAUCCAGGAUUGAAAGCUAUCAGUGUUGGAUGGAAAAGGAACUACACCGUCAGAAAUGUCAGGAUUAUUUUUGUCUUUGCUGUAAUGCCAGGUAUGGCCCAGGUGCCAUCAACUUGGGUACACUCUGCUCUCCAAAAUCAGGUGUGAUUACAGCAUUGAGAAUUGAGGAAAAGGACGGUUAGAGGAGAAACAAGAGGGGUCGUGGGUGUGUGAAGAUGGAAAGGAGGGCUGGGUCAUCACUCUGAUGUUUUUUUUUUUUGGUUUUUUUCCUCUGAUGUGACCCUGACUCAAUCUACUCCAUAUUCUGUGCAGGAUUUAAUAAUCUAUGAAUAUAUUAAAACAUCCAUUUAUCAGUGCAUUAUUUUGUUUAUGUCCUCUAAUAACUUUGGGUCUCACUCACCGCAUUAAUAACCUCAGCCCCAUGGCGACUGCAUGCUACACAUCGGUUUCAAGGUUGACUAUGCUGUGUAAAAGAAUCCCUCACUAAUCCAGACUUCAGCCUCCUACCUCACUGCCCCAUCCAUCCAGAAAAUCUCCUGGGACAUGCCUUUGGUUCACGUGCAUGAAUCUAUCAUUAGGAAUUAUGUAGAAAAGUGAUUUGCUUCUAGCUAGUAACUAUAACUGAUAUUUUUUUUCUUUUUCUCCAAACUAGCUAUGUCUUUAAGGUCAUGGCUAGAAGCUCCUUUAACAGUGGAUUGGGAUUCAUGUGGGAUAGUGCACAGGGUUCCCAUCAGACAUAUGUGAUUUUACAUUGUUUCAAGGGGAGAGACAGAAAGAAACAAGCUUUGCGAGUAGAAAAGAGAUUUGCGGAAUGUAAGUUUAAUAAUAAUUUUCGGACUUUUGUUUACUUUGGAGCCAUUCCAGCAGAUAUGACUAUUUGCUCAACCUACAUUCAGAAAACUAUUUUCAAAAAAGUGCAGUCAAAUCAGUACAGAGGAGGGCGAUCCAACAAAGAAGCCUUUAUAUUAUCACUUUACAUUUAAAAUCACCACUUACAGUAUACUCAUACUUACCCUUUGUGUGGAGGCUCUGUAAGACUGGCAAAUGGUAAAUAAUGACCUGCCAUUGAAACAGGAUGAGAAGUGAAAGAGAUUUGAACAUGACAACAGCAAAAGGACAAGGGAGGAAGAAGAGGGAACUAAAUUAUCCCUGUCAGCCUCCACUCUUCAAGACUUCCUUCAGCUGAACUGUGCUGAUAUUUUUCUUUAUCCUGUACUUUAUGUUGGUUUUUACUUGGCCAUUCACUCCACUUAUUGUAGCUGCUAUUAUUCAGACCACAUAGUACCGUCGAGUGAAAUGGACCUGCUUUGCUCAGUGAUAUCCUGGUGCGCAAAAACACUUCACACUCAGGAACUCUCAGGGGAGACUUUAGUUUUGUGGAUAAAACCUCCUAAUCAGUCCAACAACCAGAGCAGAUAUUUUUGUUUUAUUUUUUUCUGGUUUCCAGGAAUAAGUAAACCUCUUUAAAAUGCCAUAUGUCAUCUUUUUACCUCAGGGGAUAUGAUGGUGAUUUGGCUGUUGACUUGGUGAUAGUUUCUCCAUAGGAAUGGCAACAUGCUGUGACAGAAACAGAAGGAAGAAGAGAUGAUCAGAAACAGGAAAGUGAACACCAUAAAAAGAACUUCAAAGUUUAUCUCUUAAUACUGAAAUAUUUUGAGUCAAUCAAUUAAUCAAUCAAACUUAAUUUGUAUAACACAUUUCAAACAGGUCAGUGAAAUUCAAAGUGCUUCAUAGAUGACUGACAAGCUGAUAUUAAGACAUUACAAAUGCAAACAGUAUUGCAGCGAUGAUCACAGCAUCAUUGUCUUACUUUGCCGAUAAUCUGUUACAUUUUUUAAAAAUAUUUAAAACUUAAAACCACUGAAAUACUAGCAGACAAGCAGGAUGCAAACAAUGAAGCACUGCAGAGAAUAUGUAGUGUAUGACUCAAUCAGGUAAAUCAAUAUGAAGAAAAACAAAAAUGCACAUGGUUGGAAGGUUUUGGUGUUUGACCCAUUAUGGAAACUAAAAUUGGGAUUUUUAGUCCCCAUAAUGGGUCAAACACCAAAACCACUCGAUUCUAUAUUUAAUGGAACUGGAUAGUAUUAUUUGUUAGACCCUUCAUGUCUGGUAAAUCUUUUAAAUCCAUGCCCCAAGUUAGUACCGGUGGUUUUCUGUUGUAAAUUUGUAUUUUCCAACCCAAAACAAGAUAACCUGUAGCCUCAGAUUAGCGGAAUAACUACAAACAUCUGUUGAAGUCAGUUUUAACACUUUUUUAAAAAAGUUCUUUUAAAAAUCUGUGUUUAGGGGUGUGCUAGUGUUUGGAUUACUAAAGUGCUACGGUGCAGUAUAUUGCAACAUUAAGGUGAACAGUUGAUGCUUUGAUUGGUUAAGUAGGUUAUUUGCUUUUAUCUUGUACAUACAGUAGAAUGAUCAUGCAACAGCUGUUAAAAAUGUGCACUGUGCACUUAUUUCAUCGAGUUUGCCUCAUUGUAUUGUCAGAAUGGAUCCUCACACUGCAUCUGCACUGUUACUGGGCAGACUGGCUUCAUUAUAGUCUCAUCUUCAUUAUAGUCCCAUUAGAACAGUCCAUGCUUGUUGGUUUGGAAACCUGGGAGCUGAUCCAGUGACAUCAAAGCACUGGCCACUGUAGUGGAGUCACUGGGAAAAGCAGUAAACAUGAGAUCAAUAACCCUUAUGCAAAAAUGUAGUGAAUACAAAACUAUUUUGAUUUGCACAUUUUCACUUACCUGAAGGUAUUUAAUGUAUCCCAAUAUGAUUGGCUAACUGAGUUUUAGCAUCAACACAAAAACACUUUCUCCUGCCUCAUUUUGAUGAAUGUAUGCACAUUUUUUUUCAACAACAGAAGUUUUUUUCCACCUUAAAAGUCUAUAAGUCUCCUGAAUAUGACACUGACUUAACAUCUGCAGCUGUGUGAUUGCUGUAAAGACUGUUGUGACAGGUCUGUACCAACUAUGGUUGUACUUGUGGAGUUGAUAAACCCAGACCGGCUGUUUCACACUGAUGUUUGACCCACAUAUGUCAAAGGUGACUCUUCUAGUGUGAAAAAGGUAAGGCACCCCUUCUGCAGCAGCAGAGAUAGGCCAUUCAGUCAGUGUUGAUCCCCUCUCAGUGCUUUGCCAGAAUCCUUCCAGCUCUAUGUGAAACAUGAUCUGUCACAUGGGGUCCGUUGCCUUGGGGCUCUCAUCCUCUGUCACUACCCAUAUGCCAACAUGCUGCCAGUGCCACAUCACUGCUGCAAAGUGUAUUUAAUUGACAUGCUUUUAUGCAGCAUAACUGACCUAUCAUCUGGUCCUGGCUGGACACCCCCACUUCCCUAUGUUUCUUAUGCACACACUUUCUUUUUCUCUUUUCCCUCUUUCGUCAGCACUUUGGCAGUAAUUCCUGCUUCAGUGAACCUGGGCAUACAGUGUAUGACUUGAUCUGACAUGAAAGCUGAAGGCUAGCUAUUAUAGCCCUGUAUUAAAGCCCAUGAGUGGGGGAGAGAGAGAGAGGAAAAGAGAGGCCGGUCAGUAUGGCGUAAUUCAAUAACAACAAUAACAGCAUCCUCAGCCUAUCCUCAGACCCUGAGAGGAUGAGAGAAAGUGAGAGAGGGAGAGAGAGAGGGGGGGGGAGAGAGAGAAAGAGAGGGUGAGAGAGGGCUAGUCGCAUUACUCAAGAGGAGUAGGCGUGCUCUUGUGCGCUGCAUCGUUUGAUGAUCUCCCCGGUUCCCCCCCUGAACCUCCACUCUUUGCUCUCUGCGGGUGAGGUUGGUCAAACAAAACGACUGAGCGGACUUUCCCUGCCGGAGGAGUCGAGCUCGACUUUCCACCGAGCAGCAGAGCCGUGUGCGCCGCACCGGUCAGCGGCGCCACACCGCGGCACUUUGGAUAACUCACACAGCUGCCGUUUGUCAAGGCGCAUCGCUCAUCCGCGUCCCGCACCAAGAAUAGCCUAAACACAUUGCCAUGAAUGAUUCAGUCAGUCAUCUUAGGUGACUUUUGAUCUCCUCAUUGUUUCUUUUUCUUUUAUUUUUUUGGACUCUCUGGAAGGGGAAAUUCCACGGUGGCAGCAUAAACCCAAAACUCGCACUUCGCGCGUAGGGAGGGUAUUUUUUGCCCAAGAUGCAGGUGGAUCGGAGCUGUGUGGUUUCCAGUGUAUGGUGUGCGUGUCUGUUUUUACUUUUUUCCACUAUAAGCACCAGGGUCACUGAGGUGGGAGGCUCCCACCAAAGCAUCCCUCCGUCCGUGGUGAAGCUGUGGGCUUCAGCUUUUGGUGGGGAGAUGAAGUCCAUCUCUGCAAAGUACUCUGGCUCCCAGCUGCUGCAGAAGAAAUACAAAGAGUUUGAGCGGGCAGUGCGGGUGCAGGAGAUUGAUGGGCUGCGGCUGGUGAAGAGGCUGGCAGAGGACAUGGAGGAGAUGUUUCAUAAGAAAGCCCAGGCAAUGAAGAGGCUGGUAGAGGCUGCAGAGGAAGCCCACCUACAGCACGAGGAGGAUCCAAACCUACAGUAUGAAUACUUCAAUGCUGUACUGAUCAAUGAGGUGGAUGAGGAGGGGAACAGUGUAGAGCUAGGGGGAGAAUUCAUCCUGCAACCCAAUGACCACUUUAACAACCUGUCAGUCAACCUCAGCCUCAGCGUGGUCCAGGUGCCCACCAACAUGUACAACAAAGACUCUGCAAUUGUCAAUGGUGUGUUCUGGUCUGAGGCCUUGAAUAAAGUGUUUGUGGAUAACUUUGAGAGAGACCCAUCACUCAUAUGGCAGUACUUUGGCAGUGCCAAAGGCUUUUUCAGGCAGUACCCAGGGAUCAAAUGGAAGCCAGAUGAACAUGGGGUUAUAGCUUUUGACUGUCGUAACCGUAAGUGGUACAUCCAGGCUGCCACCUCUCCAAAGGAUGUGGUGAUCCUGGUCGAUGUCAGUGGCAGUAUGAAAGGCCUCAGACUGACCAUCGCCAGACAGACUGUCUCCUCUAUACUGGACACUCUCGGAGAUGACGACUUCUUCAACAUCAUUGCUUACAACGAGGAAUUGCAUUAUGUGGAGCCGUGCCUGAAUGGAACUCUGGUCCAAGCAGAUGUCACCAACAAAGAUCAUUUCCGGGAGCACCUCGACAAGUUGUUUGCUCAAGGCAUCGGUAUGUUAGACAUAGCUCUGACUGAGGCCUUCAAUCUUCUCAGUGACUUCAACGAGACUGGGAGAGGUAGUGAGUGUAGCCAGGCCAUUAUGUUGGUGACAGAUGGAGCAGUGGAUACAUAUGAUGCCAUCUUUGCCAAGUAUAACUGGCCAGAGAGGAAGGUCCGCAUAUUCCCUUACCUGAUUGGUCGAGAGUCAGCCUUCGCAGAUAAUCUGAAAUGGAUGGCAUGUGCUAACAAAGGCUACUUCACUCAGAUUUCCACAUUGGCCGAUGUGCAAGAGAAUGUGAUGGAGUAUCUCCAUGUGCUGAGUCGUCCCAAGGUGAUCGACCGGGAGCACGACACUGUGUGGACCGAGGCCUACAUCGAUAGCACCUUGGAAGAUGGUCAAGGUCCGGUUCUGAUGACCACCGUGGCAAUGCCCGUGUUCAGCACCAAGAAUGAGACAAGAAAUCGUGGCAUCCUACUUGGUGUGGUUGGGACAGACGUUCCUGUCUCCGAGCUGCUCAAGACCAUCCCAAAAUAUAAGCUGGGCAUUCAUGGCUAUGCCUUUGCAAUCACCAACAAUGGCUACAUCCUCACCCACCCAGAUCUACGGCCACUUUAUGGGGAUGGCAAGAAGCGAAGGAAGCCAAACUACAGUAGCGUGGAUCUGUCUGAGGUGGAAUGGGAGGAUAAGGAUGACACGCUGAGAAAUGCCAUGGUCAACAGGAAGACAGGGACAUUCUCCAUGGAGGUGAAGAAGAGUGUCGACAAAGGGAAACGUGUGCUGGUGUUGCAUAAUGAUUACUACUACACAGACAUCAAGGGGACUCCUUUCAGUCUAGGGGUAGCUCUCUCCAGAGGUCACGGCAAGUUCUUCUUCAGAGGGAACGUCACAGUGGAGGAAGGACUUCAUGACUUGGAGCAUCCUGAUGUAGCGCUGGCAGACGAAUGGACGUACUGCAACACAGACGAGCACCCAGAACACCGCUACCUGUCCCAGAUAGAGGCGAUCAAACUCUACCUCAAUGGACACGAGCCCCACCUACAAUGUGACAAGGAGCUGAUUCAAGAGGUUCUUUUUGACGCGGUGGUAACAGCUCCUUUGGAGGCCUAUUGGACCAGCUUAGUGCUCAAUAAGUCUGAGAACUCUGAUAAAGGAGUGGAGAUAGCCUACCUGGGCACAAGAACAGGCCUGUCUAGAAUUAACUUGUUUGUGGUGCCUGACGAGCUCACAAAUCAAGACUUCCUGACAGCUGAAGACAAAGAAGGUGUGUUCAACGCCGAUCACUUUCCCCUGUGGUACAAGAGAGCAGCAGAACAAGUUCCUGGUACCUUUGUCUACUCUCUGCCUUUCAACACAGGAUCAGAAAACAAGAGUGUUGUAUUGGCCAGCACCGCCAUUCAGCUUCUGGAUGAGAGGAAAUCACCCAUAGCUGCGGCUGUGGGCAUCCAGAUGAAACUGGAGUUCUUUCAGAAGAAAUUCUGGACUGCCAGUAGACAGUGUGCAGCUCUAGAUGGAAAAUGCUCCAUAAGCUGUGAUGAUGAGAACAUUAAUUGCUACCUCAUCGACAACAAUGGCUUCGUUCUGGUAGCAGAAGACUAUACGCUGACAGGGAAAUUUUUUGGAGAAGCAGAGGGAGCUGUAAUGAGUAAGCUUCUGCAGAUGGGCUCCUUCAAGAGGGUCACUCUGUAUGACUACCAGGCUCUAUGUUGGGUCUAUUCAGAGAGUAGUGACAGCGGACACACACUGUUGGAUCCUUACUUUGCUUUCUUCUCAGCUGUGAAGUGGAUUCUUACCGAGCUUGUCAUAUUCUUGGUCGAGUUCAACUUGUACAGCUGGUGGCACUCUGACCUCACAGCUAAAGCUCAAAGGAUAGGUCGGACCAUGCAGGUACCAUGUGACACAGAGUACCCAGCCUUUGUAUCCGAGAGAACCAUCAAAGAAAACACAGGAAACAUCGACUGUGACGGCUGCAUCAAGUCCUUUGUGAUCCAGCAGAUCCCCAGCAGUAAUCUCUUCAUGGUGGUGGUGGACAACAAGUGUGACUGCAGCAUGUUUGAGCCAAUCACCAUGGACCCCAUCGAAAUCAUGUAUAAUGAGUCUCUCAAGUGUGAGAGACUGAAGAUGCAAAAGGACAGGAGGCGCCCAGAUACCUGUCACCCAUUUCACCCAGAGGAAAACUCAAUGGAGUGCGGAGGAGCUGUGAGUCUCACCCCAUCCUUCGCCGCAACACUGCUCUGCAUCCUCCUGGUGCUGUUCCCUAGGUGACCAGAGCUGGCCACGCCUCUCCAUCCAGAACUUGACUUGGCUCGGCAUGCAAAAGAAUCGCAACGAAGCCACAGAAAAAAACACUCCUGCCCCUCAUAAAAUUGUGCCCAAUUUCAACUCACCACCUACAAAGCCCUUAGCCCUGAGGUACCUCCCUACUACGCACUUAUUUGAAAGGAUUGAUAAUGGAUAGCUGCUAAGUAGUGAUCAUUAAGGUGCUUUAGCAAUAUCACAUGCACGGAUGGCUUUUUGGGGAGAUGCAAAGUUUUGAACAUCGUAAUAAUGCUAAUAAUGCACUUAGUAGCUUAAAGACUGCACAAGUGGUCCAGUAAAACCCACUGACAUUCACACCACUAUGUUCAGUCCUUUCAGGUAGCAGCUAAGGGCUCGGGUCUGUAGCUGGGCUUGGAACUGGGCAUUAGAGCCACGUAACACCCAUGUGGAGAAAGACAGUCGCACCUUCCUCUGGCCCACUCUGACUUUUCAUGGACAAUUAAGAUUCUGAAGAUAAAAAAAACAAAAAAAGAUGAAGAUGAUUAUAUGUGGCUGGGGUUAUAAUAAAAUGUUUGUCUAAUGAUCUUUUUUUUUCAUUAUGAGAAAAAGAUAUGUUCAAGUAAAUAUAUGAAGAAAAAAAAAGAGUUUUAUUUAUGAUUUGCAAGUGGUACCCAUAAACUGUGACUAUGAGAUUUUGAGUCCUCUGACGUGAGUGGUUGUUAAUAUUUGAGCUUUGCCUUAUUGAACGAUAUUGGUCCUGUUUGUGUACUUUUGAAAUAAAAUGAUGUUUAAAAUUUA